CUGGAGCUAGUUUUCGGCACUUUCCUCAAAGUUAUCUUCGAGUUAAAGAAGACCAACUCCCAAUUCGAGCCAACCCAAAAGCUCCUGGAAGAAACCCUAAAGAAUUUGUCUCCAGAUAUCAACAGAAUUGACGGUUACAACAGGGAUUUCGAUCGACCCGACGAGAUGGCCGGUCUCAAAGAGCUGAUGACAAAAGCGGAAAAAUUGGUUCUCAAAUGCUCCAACAUCGGUCGUUACAACAUCUUCAAGAGGUAUUUCCAUGCCAAGAAGCUGCUCGAGUUGAAUGAUUCAAUCCCUCUGUAUAUAUCGGUAAUGUUAAGCAAAUCUUUCAUUUUGAAGUCCGGAUUGUGGGCAAGAAAUGUUGCACCAAGGUUGUCGCACCAUAGAAUUGGAGACUGCUGGAGAUGGAGAUGCGACAGCAGCUGGUCAAAGACUGCCUGGUCUGAACCUGUAAUUACAAUAUCAUCAACAUACACAAGAAUGUAA